UUUUUUCUCUUUCGUUGUUUUUUUUUUUUGUCUUCUCGCAAUCUGUUCCCAUCAAUCACAGAUAUCCUCAGCUUCUCUCUCUGGAUUUCUCAACAUUCUUCUUCUUCUCCUCAUCGCUUCUUUUAACGAAAGAUUCAAACUUUAAACACUUCACUAUCUCAUCGGAGCUUCCGAGCAAUGGAUCUAUGGACCCUUGACGUCGCGAUCCGAAACCCUCUCUUCUCACCGUCGGUGAGAUCAUCAUCAUCGAUCCCUGAGAAAUCAUCAUCUGUUUCUGGGAAACUCGGUGAAUUGGAGUUUAGGUUCCUGAAACGAAAGGUCUCUGUUUCUGGGUAUCGUUCAUUUGUUGUUAGAGCUACGUCUAAGAAGAGUAACGAUGAUUCCUCUGCUUCAGGAGAUGCUUCUCAGGAGAACAAGCCUUCUAAUGGAAACAAAUCAGGUGAUUCUAUGGCUCCAAGGUCGUUUGGUUUGAGUACUGAUUGGAGAGAGUUCAGAGCAAACUUGUUUAUGAAAGAGCAGGAAGAAAAGGCUGAAGCUGAGGGUCAUAAACCAGCUACAAUAUCUCAUGAUUCGGAACCGAUAGGAUUGAAAUGGGCUCAUCCGAUUCCUUUUCCUGAGACUGGAUGUGUUCUAGUUGCUACAGAGAAGCUAGAUGGUUAUAGAACAUUUGCGAGAACUGUUGUGCUUCUUCUUAGAGCAGGAACUAGACACCCACAAGAAGGGCCGUUUGGAGUUGUUAUCAACCGUCCCCUUCACAAAAACAUCAAGCAUAUGAAAUCAACUAAAACCGAACUCGCUACCACGUUUUCAGAAUGUUCCUUGUACUUUGGUGGACCUCUUGAAGCAAGCAUGUUUCUGUUGAAAACUGGCGAUAAAACAAAGAUACCGGGGUUUGAAGAAAUCAUGCCCGGCCUUAACUUUGGUACUCGGAACAGCUUAGAUGAAGCUGCAGUACUUGUAAAGAAGGGAAUUAUUAAGCCACAGGACUUUAGGUUCUUUGUUGGUUAUGCGGGUUGGCAGCUAGAUCAGCUCAGAGAAGAGAUCGAAUCAGAUUACUGGCAUGUUGCUGCAUGCAGCUCAGAUUUAAUAUGUGGAGCUUCGUCGGAAAACUUGUGGGAGGAGAUUUUACAGUUAAUGGGCGGUCAAUACUCCGAGCUUAGCCGGAAACCCAAGCUGGAUAUCUAGACUUUAUGUUUGAAAUUGAUGCUAGUUUUCUAAGAGAACUUGUGGCUUUAUAGCUUAUAUAUAUUGUCUCUAUUAAGCCAGUUUGUAUAGCUUACUUCGCUGGCUUGUAUGUGAGAAUAAUGCGCUUCUAUGCUAUUUAUAAAGAUUUGCUUUCUGAAAA